AUGCUGUCCACCUCCCUGCUCCUCCUAAGCACCGCUCUCGCCUUCGCCAUCCCGCUCGACCCUGCGCAACACCCCUUCCUCCCCUCCUCCUCCCUUUCCUCCCCUCCACCUCUCGACCUACAAAACGCAACCCGCCUCCCUCUGACAUUAGGAGUAAUGUCCCUCUGUCCCGAUGCGAGGUUGUGCGAAAGCGUGAUGGAUAGGGUGUUUGAGCAAACUACUAGCGUCGCCGUCCGCGAAGCAGGAGGGGAAAGGGGAGGAGGAGGGAAAGUGAGGGUUGGCGAGUUGGUUGAUCUGAGAGUCGAGUUUAUCGCUUCCCGAAACUCCUCAGCGCCGUACGGCACGACCUGCAAACAUGGCGACCGCGAAUGCAGGGGAAACGUUCAGCAAUUGUGUGCGGAGAGGUACUGGGGCGCUGAAAGUGCUUGGGAGUUCAUCCAGUGCUUGAACUAUGACCCAAACGCGAGAGUGGGGAAUGAGCGGGCGGCGAGGGAGUGUGGGAGGUUGAUUGGGCGGGACUGGACGAAGCAACUACAACAAUGCGUCGAGGGAGAAGAAGGGAGGAAGCUAGCCCGCCAGAGCGCGAAGAGGUUGAGCAAGUUGCGGGUGGAGAAGAGUUGUUCGAUUUUGGUGAGGGGAGAGGUGGUUUGCAUCCACGACUCGACCUGGCAACGCUGUCCGUCAGGCCACGAAGUCGGGGACUUUAAGCGCUUGAUCGAGCGCGAGUGGGAGAGGGAGAACGGGCGCGGACGGUAG